GAAGAAGUAGAAGAAGAAGGAGAAGAAAAUGGGAGAGAUUGUGUUCUUUGAUGUAGAAACAACUGUACCACUAGGGGGUGGAAAGAGGUUUUGGAUGUUGGAGUUUGGUGCAAUAUUAGUAUGUCCAAAAAAACUUGUUGAAGUUGAUAGCUAUUGCACACUCAUCCGGCCCGGCGACUUGUCGGCCGUCGAGCCGAGGCGGUUCAGUGGCAUCACUCGUGACGCCGUCUCAAUUGCCCCUUUGUUUGAAGAGGUUGCAGACCGAAUUUUCGACAUUUUGAAUGGUAGAGUAUGGGCAGGACAUAACAUUCAAAGGUUUGAUUGUGCAAGGAUUAGAGAAGCAUUUGCAGACAUUGGAAAACCACCACCAGAGCCUUUGGGACUCAUUGAUUCUUUGUCUCUCUUGACUCAAGCCUUUGGUAACAGGGCAGGCAACCUCAAGAUGGCAACGUUGGCAUCAUACUUUGGUCUCGGCCAACAAAAACACAGAAGCCUAGACGAUGUUAGAAUGAACUUGGAAGUCCUUAAGCAUUGCGCAACUGUAUUACUAUUGGAAUCAAGUCUUCCACAAACAUUGAGGAACCAAUGUAAUAUGGUAACAAGGAGUAGAGCCAAUUAUGGGAAGCCAUGUGGUGAAGAAGCUAGUAGAAAAUCUCCUCCCACUAGUAUUUCAACUCAAAGAGUGGUCCCAUACAAGAGGGAAAGGUUUGGGAAGGUUAUGGAUGGAGCAAAGGUUGCCUUGGCUAGUGCUCAAACAAGUAGACCUCUUCAUAGCCUUUUGAGGCAUUCAAGAUCACUUUUGAGAUGAUGUGUGACCAUGCUAUGUGUUCUAUUAAUGUCUAUAAUAAUAACAAUGAUGAUAAUGUUAAAUGGAUUCAAGUGAUUCUUAUUAUUGUUAUUAUGUGUAAAUUAAGUUUGUAGAGAACUUGAAAUUCCAUUCAAGCUUUUUAAAUAAAAAUGUUCAUCUCUUUUA